AUGUCAUCUGAAGAAUCUACUACAUCUCUAUAUGAAAUACUUAACGAAAACGAAAGGGAUCUAGUUAUAGCUGCUGAAAUUGGAAAAUCUUUGUUAGAAAACAAUAUUACAUUGAAAGCAAAGUGUGAAGAACUACUAAAUCAAAAAACCAUUUUUGAUGAACGGGAAGCCCAAAUCAAUUAUCUUGAAUUAAGAAUCCAUGAACUUUUCCUCUUAAUCAAAAACCAAAAGCAAAAAUUAAUUAAUGCUUUUAUUAGCAUUUUACCUGAAAAAGAAUUGAUUCAAGAUUUAGUGUCAAUUUAUUUAGAAUUGAUCAAAUUAAGGGGAAAAAAGGUAUUAUAUAUUGAACAAAAUCGUAGAUACAAAGCAGUUCGUCAGCAAUUAGAAAGUAAUUUAAAAAAUGAUGAAAUUAUGGAAGAAAUAGAACUCAUUUUAAUUGAUUGUGAAAAAUUAAUUAGCUGGGAACUCGAAUUAGAAGACAAAUUUAAAAACAAGACCUUAUUAAUUGAAUGUCAAAAACAUACAUUAAAACAGGUUACCGAUGGCAGUGAAAAUCAAGAAGAAAUUGUUAAAAGGCAUGACCAAAUUAAUUAUCAACAAUUUGAGCAAAAACGAAAAAUUAGUUAUCAUUCUUUAGAAAUUGAGUUAGCAAAAGUUCAAGGCAAAUUAGAAGUUUAUGAAAAGCCUUGUGUCUCUUUUUCUGAAAGCCAAAAUAAAACCUUAAUAUGUAAAUUUAUCAAUAUAUUAAAAGAGAAACCAGAAUUAGCUCAAAAGGGAAUUGACUAUGUCAAUCACUAUAUAAAAACAAAAGAAAAUUUUCUAGCUGCUCGUCAAACAACCAUCGAAGAACUAAAAAAAUGUAUUAAUAAAUUAGAAAAAAAAGUUAAAAAGCAAGAGAUUAUUGGAGAAAUAAGUUGUGUCGUAAGAAAUGUUGGAGGAUCAAUAACUAGUAUUAUAGCAUUAGGCAUUCCAAGGGCAGUGGGAGAAGCUAUUAAAGCAAGUAGUAAUUUUACUAAAAUAAAGCUCUCGAGUAAAAGUAGUGAACAAUUUCAAAUUUCUUUGAGCAGUGAAGAAA